AUGAGCUUCCUGGUUGACAUGAUCGGGAAUGCCAUGGUUUCGUUGCGCUCGAAGCUCCAGCAAAAGAAUAAGAGAGACGACGAAGUAGAGGAGCGCUGCAACACAUGGCUUUUUGACUGCGCCACAUCCAGCACCUCGGGUAUCUUCGGCGAGUCGAAGCUCGAGCUAUGCGCUAUGGCAGCAGACCCAGAGUGCCUCCAAAUCUUUGACGGUAGAGCAGCAACCCAGCGUUGGGGCCGUGUCAAUUCCGCCGACCGCGCCUGCGAGGGGGCUCCCUCGAACGCAAUCUUCGCGGUAGCUGAGGGACAUCACUUGAGUUCAUGUUUCUCGGCAGAUGGAUACGGCGAGAAGUUCGCGGACUUCGACGCAUUGUCUUCGCAGGGCGUUUUCGCCGGAACCGAGUCUUUCUUGGGCGCUGGACUCGUGAUGGUUUACCUUGCUCGGAAGGCGUCGACGUGGCGAAUCCGACAGCAGCCGGCAGCCUCAAUGCUAGUCGAGACCGACAUGGGACAGCACGGGGUCAACGGUGUCGACGGCACGCCUGGACUACGUACAGCCGAGAAGGGUGGUGAUGCCGUCGUCGAACCAGACCAGGUGCAGAACACCACUAAGGCGAUCGAUCUCGGACCCAGAAGCACCAGCACCAGCACCAGCAACAACAACAACAACAACAACAACAACAGCUCCGUGUGCCCUAAGCCCCAAGCGGUGUCUACGGGCGAACCCGGUGACGGUGCGGUCGAGGCAGGUGGUGGCGAAGGCAACCACCCGAACGGCGGCGGCGGAAUCGGUGGAAGCCACAAGCUCGAGCUGAUGGCGGGGGAGGAGUUAGAAGCCGGAUCGCAGAUGCCGCAGAGGCUUGUCUCGGAGGGAGAGAAGGGAAAGCCCCGCCGCUGGUGCAUGGAAGACAUGGUGUCUGCUGAGGACGAUGGCCACGGCAAGAUGAUCGGGAGCGGCAGUUUCUGUGAGGUACUCAAGAUCGCCAUGGCAAACGGCGUGUCGAUCGCGGUGAAGGCAAUGUGCAGGUGGCGCCAAGACUUGGGCUCACAGGAUAAGUUUAUCGACCGGGAGAUUGCGAUUUUGCAGGAAUGCAACGUACACCCAUACGUGGUCGACAUCUUCGGCUACAUCAGGACUACCGAGAGGGUCCUGAUCAUAAUGCCAAUGGCCAUGACCGAUUUGAAGACAAUGCUAAAGGGAAAGCCGUUCAGCAAUUUGGAGACCCAACACUUCAUUCGGCAACUGCUGUCUGCCUUGGAGUUCCUGCACAGCAGGCACAUUGUCCAACGCGAUAUUAAGCCCCACAACCUCCUCCUCCCCGACGGAUAUGGCGUAGGUGGGGCUUCAGGCAAGAAGCUUCUUCUCGCCGACUUUGGCCUCUCGAAGAAGUUGUCCGAUGAGCACGGAUUUUUGACAGACGUCGUCGGGACCAAGCCGUACAUGGCUCCGGAGCUGCUCAGGAGCGAUGAUGCAGACCUCAAGUACGGCAAAAAGGUGGACGUGUGGGCGGCGGGGGUGGUGACUCACGAACUUCUGGCUUGUGUGACACCAUUCAGGCACGGUGGGGUCGCCAACGUGUCGGGACUGACUAACGACGCAACGGAUGAGAACGGGGUGCAGGAGGCAAAGGGGGACCGCACAACCCCCGCAGGAACGAAGACGAGGGAGCAGCUGGAGGACGACAUUGCUUACGAGGCGGAAAAGAACAACAUUCGCGAGGGGCGCGCCAUCUACGACUCGUCGCUUGUCAGUGUGGAAUGCCUGAGCUUCUUGAAGCAGCUGCUCCAGGUCGACGACAGCAAGCGGCCGUCUGCUCGCGAGGCCGCCGACCACCCGUGGCUGGGAGGGCCAGAGCAGGCGGCGGCAAUGCGGGCGAGCGUGUCAGACGAGGUGGAGGCAAGGGAAGCUGCUGAGAAGGCCGAAAAGGAUUCGCUUGUAAGAAGGUUACGCCGGGGACCGAGGAUGCAGAAGACGGCGAUGAACGCGGCUGCUGCUGCAGCGGCGGCACCUGUACCUCCGUCUGCAAGGGUGGGGUCGACGGAUUCGGGGAGGUAG